AUGUAUCAGAUUCCUCUCAUUGACACCGAGCGCGGUUGUCGCCAAUUUUGGGAUGCGGAUAACGCAUGGUUAUCCUCGUGUGCAUUGCCGUACCUCGUCGUUGCUCCGGCGAGUAUUGCUCUGCUCAUUGCAUUCGGUCAUUUCACUGGUCCAUUAUUUCGACGAUAUAGUCCGCAAUGGACACGUCCAUUCAUUUCAGAGUGGGAUGAUCAACCAGACAUCCCUUCUGAAGGGCCGAAGCGAUCUCUUCAAUGGACCGUUACUCUUUUGGCCCUUUCAGCCAUCGGUUUAUCAGGGGAAAUUGUGCAAUGCUUCCCCCCGACUGUCAAUGUUCCUUCACUGGUGCUUGUCGCAUCAUGGGCAACAAUAUGCUUUCUAAUCGCCAUCAAACGACCAAGAUCGUGUUCUAUCUGGCUGCUUGCAUUUUUUUUGUUCACCUUUGUGGUCGAAAUAAUACUAGCAGCGCACACUGAUGCUCGCCUGAGAGCGAAAGGGAUUGCCUGUUAUGUUUCUGCCAUGGCGGCCUUGGCGGCUUGCUCUACAAUCCUGCUGAUGCCAUUUCGGGAAGAAUCGCUCCCAAGUUCUGAUAUCAGUGCUGUGGGGGAAGCACCAUCCAGCAUGCUUCGCAGCCCGGAAGACAGCCUGCGACUCUGGCAGUUCCUUACCGUCUCGUGGAUGGCGCCCCUUAUAUCCCUUGGCCGAAAAAGGCAACUCAAUGAGCCCGAUGUCUGGUUUCUUGGGUUCGAAUUCCAGCACAAGCGCCUUCAUGAAAAAUUCCGUCGUAUGAGAGGAUCCGUUCUAUCUCGAGUUCUAAAGGCAAACAGUCUUGAUGUUCUCAUUAUCUCCGCAAUUGCUACCGUACAACUAGCUUGCCAAUUCUCCACUCCAGUUUUGCUUCAACUGCUUUUACAAGCGAUGCAAGAUAGAACCAAGCCUAAGCGCGUACCAUUGACCUACGCAUUUAUCUGGCUGAUAACUCGACUGAUUGCGGCGCAAUCUCAAGUUCUGAGCCUCUGGUAUGGUCGACGCUGUUAUGAAAGAUCCCGAGGCGAGAUGGUCAUGAUGGUUUAUGAGAAAGCAUUGUCACGAAAGAAUAUUCUUGGGGAAAGAAUCGAGAAAGUUGAUAUCAUUCCUGAGGAGGAAUCAACCCCAGAACGUGAAGCUCCCGAUCAAGGGGCUGAAACAGCACCAUCAAAGCCUAGUAUAUGGAGCUGUUUUAAGCCAAGGAAGCGCAAAGACAAAGAAGUCAAGGCCAAAGAGGCUGCUUCUAUCGGAAAAAUCUUUAAUCUUCUACGAGGAGAUGUCUAUGAAGUGGCCCAAAGGUUCUGGGAGGUUGAUACCUUGAUUGAUGGACCCGUCGGUUUGUUCAUUGCCAUCAGCCUCGUGUGGUCACUCUUUGGACCAUCAUGCUUCCUCGGUGUCCUGGCUGUUCUGCUUGGCCAAGUCGUCAACGCAGUUAUCACUCGGUAUCUGUUUAAAUGGGAAAAGACUAGACGAGCCGCAACAGAUGCUCGACUGCAGAUUACGUCGCAGUUUGUGGAAGCGCUUCGCCAUCUGCGAUGGUAUGGAUGGCAAAAUCACUGGCUUCGCCAAGUCAUGGAGGCGCGACAGCAUGAAUUGAAUUUACGCAUCAUCACUAGUCUGUGGAACAUUGUCAUCCGUUUUGUCAAUGCGUUUUCCAGUGGUGUUUUCCCAGUUAUCGCUCUAUAUGCCUACACCAGACUUGCAGGUCAUGAAUUGCGCAUCGACAUAAUUUUCCCCGCACUUCAGCUAUUCAGUAUGUUGGAGGUGCGCUUGCGCGAUUUUCCUCGGCUUAUCACGACCAUGAUAAAUGCCUAUAUCGCCCUUGGACGAAUUGAAGAUUUUAUGGCCGAACCGAACAAAGAGAAUAUUCCACUUGAUAGCCAAGUGACUGACACAAAGUUGGAAAUGCAAUCCUCCUUCUUCGCAUGGCCUGGGAAGCUGUCCCCAGUGCUAAAUGAUAUAAGCGUGACUAUUCCCAAAGGUCUCACAGUUGUUGUUGGAAAAGUAGGAGCAGGAAAGACGGCUUUCCUCCAAGCUUUAUUAGGGGAACUCGAUCCGCUGAGCGGAAAGUCCCACAUUCCAAACGAGAUGAUGGGUUACUGUGCGCAGACGCCUUGGCUUCAGAGCAUGAGUAUUCGCGACAAUAUCCUCUUCUCCGCUCCCUAUGAGGAAGUACGCUAUAAACAGACCUUGGAGGCUUGUGCUCUUCUUCCGGAUCUCUCACAAUUCAAACACGGAGACCUGACCUUUGUGGGUGAGAAUGGAAUCGGUCUUUCUGGUGGACAGAAAGCACGUGUGGCGCUUGCUCGUGCCGUAUACAGCUCAUCUCGAGUGCUAUUGCUGGAUGAUCCGUUAUCUGCACUUGAUCAUAACACCGCUGAUUUCGUGGUCCGGAAGUGCUUGUCUGGUCCCCUGAUGCAUCGCCGCACUAUUGUUCUUGUAACGCAUCGAGUCGCACUUGUUCGAGAAAUCGCAGAUCAGAUAAUUGAGAUAGAUGAUGGACGAGCCACAUUUUAUGACAAAACUUCUGUUGCUAAUUCGAUCGAUAAAACUGCCAUCGCAAAUUCCAUUCCAUUCCAGGAAUCUGAAACCGAGAAUGAAGAGGAAACCAAUGCUGAGGAUCACGCAAAUGCUGUGCCGGACAAGUUCAUCGAAGAGGAGCACCGUGCAGAAUGGGGCGUUAAAGCUCGAGUCUACUGGACCUAUAUCAAGGCCGGGAAAUACCGCUGGUGGAUUACCCUCGUCUUAGUCUUGACUAUCUAUCGACUUAUCAACGUUGGCCAAUCAUGGUUUCUCAAGGGAUGGGGUGAAGCUUACAAUCGGACUGCAUCUUCUCUCAAUGAGAAUCUCCCAAGCGAUACCUUGAUGGCAUCGACAUCGAAUGUUGACGCAUUCUUUCUCCCUCGAGAUCCAAUUAAUCGCCUGCCAUCUCCUCGUGACGAUGUACGCCCCUGGCUAUGGGCAUUCUUUGCUAUUGUCACGCUUCAAGCAGUAGCCCUUCUAGUCGGACAACUUUUGAUGCUGGUCAUUGUCUACUACGCUGGAAAAUCACUGUUCCGGCAGGUGAUGGUUCGAGUUAGCAACGCAACCUUCCGAUUCUUUGAUGUGACUCCCGUUGGUCGGCUCAUGAAUCGUCUGACCUCGGACAUUGGUGUGGUAGAUGGCAAUAUCAGUGAACAAUUCCAAGUCAUUGCGUUUCAGGCCAUCACCUGGGUCUCUUCAGUACUAGUAAUUGCUAGCGCGACCCCGACGUUCCUUGUCUUCUCACUCGUUCUCACCAUCGCCUUUGUGUUGAUCUUCUUGCAUUUCCUCCCAACAUCCCAAAGUCUCAGAAGGCUUGAAAUGGUAUCUCUGACUCCCCUUCUGUCCAAUUUUGGAGAAUUAUUGCACGGCUUGACAACAGUUCGUGCUUUUCGUGCAGAGGAGCGGUUCCAAAACCGUGUCAUAUCGGUUGUUGACAAAUUUCAAGGCAUGGAUCACUUCUAUUGGUCGCUUCAAGCCUGGCUCAUGAGCCGAUUUGAAGCACUAUCAGCUUGCUCGACUUUCCUUCUUACUGCCUUGGCGUUGUACACGAAUACAACACCCGGAAUGACGGCAUUUGUGCUGAUAGCCGCGACUAAUUUUGUUGACUCAACGCAUCAGCUAUGUAAGCAGUACGGUCAGCUUCAGAUGGACUUCGUCUCCGUGGAGCGAGUUGACGAGUUGCUCCAUAUCGAAGAAGAGUCACAUGGAACUCUCGAACCCCCAGCUUCUUGGCCCAAAUAUGGCAGUGAUAUAACGUUUGAGAACGUCACUAUCCGGUAUGCGCCACACCUGGAUCCCUCUCUGACCGACAUUUCUCUUCGAAUCCCCGGAGGAUCUACCACCGCGAUCGUUGGCCGUACAGGCAGUGGCAAGUCUACGCUGGCAGUAUCUCUUCUCAGCGUCAUCAAACCGGAAACCGGCUGUGUCAAGAUAGAUGGCAUCGACAUUGCGGAUGUGAGCACCCAAGCUCUCCGAACCCGAGUUACAUUCGUGGCACAGGACCCAGUUCUGUUCCCUGGGAGUAUUCGUCUCAAUCUCGACCCAACCGAAGAGUUUGCCAAUGAGCAGUGCGCAGAGGUUUUACAGCGCCUCUGCGGUCGACAUGGCUGGAAUCUUGACACGCACAUUGAAGCAGGUGGUCGAAAUCUGAGUCAGGGUCAACGCCAGCUGAUUGCUCUUACUCGAGCUGUACUUCGACGAAGCCCUGUUGUCAUUCUUGACGAGGCCACGGCCUCUAUUGAUCACGAAACUUCGCUUGAAAUGCAGCAGAUUGUUCGCGAAGAGCUACAGUCAUCUACAGUCAUCACUAUUGCACAUCGGGUGGAAGCUGUGAAAGAUGCAGACUUUUAUGUGGUCCUGGAUCAGGGCCGAGUGGCUCGGCAGGGUCAUAUUGGAGAAAGAGGAUUUCUCUAG